GAACACGGCAUCAGUGGCGGCGGCGUCACCUAGGCAGCUGCCCCCCGGCGCCAUGCGAGGCCUCGGGCCAGGUCUGGCGGUGCGGCGACUCCUCCCGCUGCGGUUACCCCCGCGGCCGCAGCGGCCGCCCGGUCCCCGGCUGUCGAGCCGGCCGACGGUGUCGGGCGCCCUGGACCGGGCCAUGGACGAGCUGCUGCGCCGCGCCGUGCCCGCGACGCCGGUCUACGAGCUGCGGGAGAAGUCGCCGGCGCCCGCCGAGGGCCAGUGCGCGGACUUCGUGAGCUUCUACGGCGGCCUGACGGAGGUGGCCGAGCGCGCCGAGCUGCUGGGCCGCCUGGCGCAGGGCUUCGGCGUGGACCACGGCCAGGUGGCCGAGCAGAGCGCCGGCGUGCUCCAGCUGCGCGAGCAGCCGCGGGAGGCGGCCGUGCUGCUGCAGGCCGAGGACCGGCUGCGCUACGCCCUGGUGCCGCGCUACCGCGGCCUCUUCCACCACAUCAGCAAGCUGGACGGCGGCGUGCGCUUCCUGGUGCAGCUGCGGGCCGACCUGAUCGAGGCGCAGGCCCUCAAGCUGGUGGAGGGGCCGCACGUCCGGGAAAUGAAUGGUGUGCUGAAAGGCAUGCUCACGGAGUGGUUUUCUUCGGGAUUCCUAAACCUCGAACGGGUGACCUGGCAUUCGCCAUGUGAAGUGCUUCAGAAAAUCAGUGAGUCUGAGGCUGUGCACCCUGUAAAGAAUUGGAUGGAUAUAAAACAACGUGUCGGACCAUACAGAAGAUGUUACUUCUUUUCUCACUGUUCCACCCCCGAGGAGCCCCUGGUGGUCUUGCAUGUGGCGCUGACCAGUGACAUCUCCAGCAACAUUCAGUCAAUCGUGAAGGAGUGUCCUCCGGCAGAAACAGAGGAGAAGAACAAAAUCGCCGCUGCCAUAUUUUAUUCCAUCAGUCUGACCCAGCAAGGCCUGCAGGGGGUGGAGCUGGGGACCUUCCUCAUAAAGCGCGUGGUGAAGGAGCUGCAGCAGGGUUACACUGGCAGGCCGGGCCCUAACUUCCAUGAUGCAAGGAAAGUUUACACAUCCAAAGCACUGGGAAGUUGCAAACCAGAGCCCUGGGAUGGGGAAGUGAAGCCAGCGACAUGGCUGCUGGGGAAAGAUGCAGACUGUGCAAGAGGUCAGCUGCCAGCGCCAAGCCCCCCAUCAGCUGCAGCCAUGAGCAACUGGAGGAAGGACCACCUGGGUGCUAGCAGCUCAGAGCCCCUCAAGGUCAUCAUUAUCGGUCGACGCUCAACCACUGAGCCACACCGGCUGGGCUAUGCUUACAACUUAUGCGGUAUCAUUCCAUGUAAUCCUUCAAAGACCCUGCAAGGCAAUGGUCCCUCCGGCAUCUGCUUGUCCUACCUGCUCUCCGGCUACACCCCCUACGUGAAGCCCGAUGCCGUCCACCCACACCCCCUGCUGCAGAGGAAGCUCUCCGAGGCCCCGGGGGUCUCCAUCCUGGACCAGGACCUGGAUUACCUGUCUGAGGGCCUCGAAGGCCGGUGCCAGAGCCCUGUGGCCCUGCUCUUUGACGCCCUCCUGCGCCCAGACACAGACUUUGGGGGGAACACGGAGUCUGUCCUCACCUGGAAGCUCCAGAAGGAGCGAGCCAUCCCCCACGUGGUCCUGGGCCGGAACCUGCCUGGGGGAGCCUGGCAUUCCAUUGAAGGCUCCAUGGUGACCCUGAGCCAAGGCCAGUGGAUGGGGCUCCCGGACCUGGAAGUCAAGGACUGGAUGCGCCGGAAGCGCAGAGGUCUCCGUAACAGCCGCGCCACAGCCGGGGACAUCGCUCACUACUACAGGGACUACGUGAACAAGAAGGGUCUGGGCCAAAGCUUUGUGUCCGGCGCUGUGGUCACGGCUGUGGAGUGGGGGAUCCCCGAGCCCAGUGGUUCUGGGGCCCAAGACCCCAGCCCCCUCUUCCAGGUGAGCGGCUUCCUGACCGCCGAGGACCAGAGCCAGCAGCCCUUCUCCCUGUGCGCCCACAACGUGGUCCUGGCCACAGGCACGUCGGACAGUCCGGCCCGGCUGGGCAUCCCCGGGGAGACCCUGCCCUUCGUCCACCAUGAGCUGUCGGCCCUGGAGGUGGCCAUCAGGGCGGGCACAGUGACCCCAGAUUCGGACCCGGUCCUCAUCAUCGGCGCUGGGCUGUCGGCGGCCGACGCAGUGCUCUACGCGCGCCAUUACAACAUCCUCGUGAUCCACGCCUUCCGCCGGCCCGUGGACGACCCGGGCCUGGUCUUCAACCAGCUGCCCAAGAUGCUGUACCCGGAGUACCACAAGGUGCACCAGAUGAUGCGCGAGCAGUCCAUCCUGUCGCCCAGCCCCUACGAGGGCUACCGCAGCCUCCCCGAGCACCAGCUGCUGCUCUUCAAGGAGGACCGCCAGGCGCUGUUCCAGGACCCCCAGGGCCUCCACAAGGUCUUCGGCCUCUCCCUGGUGCUGGUCCUCAUCGGCUCCCACCCCGACCUCUCCUUCCUCCCGGGGGCAGGCGCCCACCUCGCCGUGGACCCUGACCAGCCUCUGAGCGCCAAGAGGAACCCCAUCGACGUGGAGCCCUUCACCUACCAGAGCACACAGCAGGAGGGCCUGUACGCUGUGGGGCCGCUGGCCGGGGACAACUUCGUGCGGUUUGUGCAGGGCGGGGCCCUGGCCGUGGCCAGCUCCCUGCUGAGAAAGGAGGCCAGGAAACCGCCUUAGCCCUCGGCCGGGCAUCCUCACACCCAGGCCCUAAAGAGGAGGGGAGAUCACCACAGCCCUGCUGGACACAGACGCUCCGUGAGGGAAGGGGCCUCUCCUGGCAGGAGACAGGAGUAGCCAUGAGCUCAUGCAACAGGCUCUUCAGAUGAAGAGUGGGGAACCCAGGCUACAGACUCAGACCAGAGCUCAGGGCCGGAACUACGGCCCAGACCUGCAACUUGGGGUGAAAGGUGCCAGUGUGAGCGGGGACCAUCGGGGUCUGACUCCAGGCUCGCUCCUUCCAAAAUCAGGUCCCAAAUAAAACCAGCACCUGCCUCCA